CCUAGGUUCUUAGUUACUCUAGCACUACUCUGGAGAGAUUUGGAACUAUUAUUUAUAGCGAACAGCUGGACACUUUUGCAACAGCUCUACCAUAAGAGAUUUCGCUCCUCUUAAUUCCACACUCCAUAAUCGUGCUUUAUGUCAUUGUCAAAUGUCAACCAAUGUUUGGUUUGGGAUUCGUAUUCGCCUGGAGUCAUCCUGGAGUCUGGAACUUUGAAUUUCUAUUGUAUAAAUAAGUUUAGAACUAAUAAGAAAGUUAUAAAUCCGAUACAAUGGCCAGCUAAAUCUAUUUUUUCUAGCAUAUAAAAUGAACCCUUCUAGCAUGACUAAUGUACCUCUUAGUUAUAUUUGCGAAGGAUGCCUAUGUGUUGAUCGCAAGCUUACAACAAUUUACGAUGAAGAAUAUAAAAAAGUAUUUACGGGAAUGCUGGAUUUUAUGGACCAGACAAAUCAAGAGUGGCUGUUAUGUUGGGAAUGCACGGCUAAAAUACGGUCUGUGAUACACUUCAAGAAGAGAGUCCGCGCUGCCCGUGAUCACCUGCUCCGGUUUAUGGUACAAUCACAUCUGAAAAUAUUGAUAUGGACAAAGUGCCAAAAAUAUGUUUACCAAACUACACCCAUAGCAUCACUGUCAAAUUUGAAAACAAUAGUAAAUGCAGCUCAAGACUACUAUUAUCAAGAUAAAGAAGACAAAACAUUGAUAUCGUCGGGAAAUGAAAUUUCUACAACUAAUUUUGGCUGUGACAGUGCUCCAAAUAUAAAUUUUAUAAAUAUAGAUGAACCUAAUAUAAGUAAUGUAGCUACAAGUACUGAAACACAAUUUACUGAAAGUAAUAAUGUUGUUUCUGAGAUAAGAGAUACAAAUGAGAAUGAAAGUCAGUCUUCAUUUAUAAUAAAAAUUGAAGAUAAUGAUUUUGACAAUGAAAGAUUUGAUGGAGAUGAAAAUAAUAGUUUGAUAGAUGAUAAAGACGAUGUUACUGAAGCUAAGAUCGACAACGUACCAAUCGCACAAGAAUCUGCUCGCACUAAAAAGAAGAGGAAAAAGAAACGGAAAAAAGAGGAGUUUAACGCCUCUGAUGAUGAACCACUCAAACCUAGUAAGAAAGAGAAGAAAGAUCAGAUGAAAGAUAAAUCAUUGGAAAAGGAAGAUACAGACGACAAAGCAGUAAAAAAGCGUCGCAAGCGGGAGAAGCCAGCGGGGGUGGUGAACAACCCCCGGGUCGACCGGAACCUGGCGCAGCUCAAUGUCAAGGAUGGGCAGGUCGAGAUGAUUGUACUUAGCUGGGAGGAGGUGGAGGCAGAACGGCAACGCGCCCGAGAAAGCAUAGUGUUCACCCGUCACGAGUACCGCUGUGAGGACUGCGUACUCGGGUUCAACCACCGGUUCAAGUUGGAUAACCACAUGACUAAGCACGCGCCUUCAGCGGGCCCCGCGGAGUGCCCAGUGUGUCACGUCCGCUGCCGCGACGACCACGCCCUGGUCGCCCAUAAGAGACGGCAUCGGGUAAGAUGGCGCUGCGUGGAGUGCGGGGAGCUGUGGUCGCGCGCGGCCGUGGCGGCCGACCACGCGGCGCGCGCGCACGGCGCCGCGCCCACGCACACGUGUCGCCGCUGCGGACUCACUUUACAGUCACUGGCAAAACUCCGGAACCACAUGAAGAAUCACGCGGAAAGGCAAAAGUGCGAGUUGUGCGGGAAAACGUUCAGAGAUCGGUCGUCGCUGAGGACACAUUUGUUCAUCCACAGCGGAGAGAAAGAAUACUCAUGUCCCCAUUGCGACAAACGGUUCCUGUUCAAGAAGGCCAUGGAAGUACAUUUGGUCACGCACGCCGCGCCCGCCCAGCUCUACUGCCUUGAGUGUGACAUGACGUUCAAGAACCGCAUGUCGUAUUAUCAGCACAAGAAGUACAACUUGAAGCACAUCGACCCCGAGAAACUGAAGUACAAGUGUCCCCUGUGCGACAAGAAGUUCCUGAAAGCUGCGAGGCUGGAGGAGCACAACUUCGCUGUGCAUCUCAAAGUGACGCCGAUACGCUGCACCAUGCCCGACUGCGACUUUGCGUGCUCAUCGCGGCCAGUUCUGCGCACGCACAUACGCAUGGUGCACCGCAACCUGCGCUUCGUGCGCAACCACGUGUGCGACACCUGCGGCAAGGCUUAUACGACGAAGAAGACUCUAGAAGGUCACAUGCGGAGUCACACUGGAGAGCGACCCUUUCACUGUGGUCUCUGCUCGUCCACAUUCUCCUACGAGGCGGCCUUAUACAACCACAAUAAACUAGUUCAUCUCAAGGGCAAGGCAACGCGGCGGGCGGAGUGGGAAGUAGGAGCGAACGCCACGUAACCACGCAUUUCUGUUAGUACUACACACACACACCACACAUACACACACACUACACACACACACUACACUACACUACACUGUACAGUUGUCAUGAGAUAUAUCAGAGCGGCCGAGGUGCUCAAAAAUAUCUGAACACGCACGCUAACACCAUGACAAUAGAGGCGUGUUCAGAUAUUUGUGAGCACCCUGGCCGCUCCGAUAUAUCUGAUGGCGACUGUACCUAUUGUACACUGGCUAUGUAUAGUCGUUCGUUUUGUAGCCGGCGCUGAACGGCUAAUCAUUUGUCUAUUGUAAGUAAAACCGCACGGGCUACUUACCUGCAUAAAAAAGUUUCGUUCUUUUUAACAGUUUAUUGAAUUACGACUGUGGGAAUUGCAAUACGAUUCAAAAUGUAGUAAUGGAAAAAUAUGUUGCGGGGCUGUGUAAUCAGUGUAUGGACCCUGUACGGUUACUGGACGGACCCGGUGCCGGCGAGUCGAACGCUACCGAACCAGUCUAAAAUGUGUCCUCGAUAUGCGGAACAAAGGCGCGUAGUCUUUUGUUUUGAGUGCUGGACUAGCCCGCGCUCAGUUGACAGUUGGAAUUAUUUUUCGCAGGUUGCAGUAGCACGUGCGGUUUUGCAUACAAUAGACAAACAAUUAGCCGUUCGGGACUGACUACAAGACGAACGAAUAUACAUAAGUUUGGCGCCGCCUGGCGGUCAUGAACUUGAGACCAUUCAUCAGGCUGUCCUGUACGCAUGUUUUUAAUAGUUUACGACGCCACGCCACGCCAUAUUACAUUUAUUUUAUUUAAAAUUAUAGUCUCUGUAUUUUUUACGUAUUAAUUUCAGUCGUAUCAUUGGCCUCUCUCUAAACUCGAAUAUGUGACCAAUACCAGGGUUAAGCUAUGCAAGGGAAUGAGAUAUCAAUAUCGCUUGCUUUCUCUAACAUAUAACUGCGUCCCUUAUGAGUAUGACCAGUUGUACCUGACGGCCGGGCCAAUGUCGGGUAUAUGUUGGUCUUAAUUUUUUAAUAAUAUAUUUUAUGAUUUAAUGUUUAUAGCAAUCAUUUGUACAAGCUAAAAUAUAAGAAUAAUAAUUAGGUAUAGGUUAAAAUAAAGGACAAUAUCUUUUAUAA